AUGUCGAAAAGAAAUUCGACAAUUAAGUUAAGUGAGAAGAACCGAGACACGAAUACACAUGUCCCACCUCAUGAGAAAUUAGUUUAUAAUCGAUUUGCUGGCGGGUCUAGGAAUAUUUAUCCCGACCAAGCAAAUAGCUAUAUGAAACAUCUGGAAAAUAAUUCAAGAUCGGUCGGUAGCAAUAAUAAUAGUAUUGGUCAUGGUUUCAAUAACAACUUUGGAUCUGGCCCAAGACGUGCGCCAUCUACGAACCUGAAAAGCAUGGGUACCAUUAGGGAGAAUGACUACUCAAAUCAUUAUAUUCAUAGCAGACACCCACCUAUCAAGCAUGUUAGAAACAUACAAAACCCAAUGGAAGGGUAUCCUAAGUUGCAAAAACUACACCAAUUGAAAAAGAAUCAGAUCCAACAGCAUGCUGUCAUGCCCUAUGGGUGUAAAAUCUCAUCAGACUUAAUAGUCCCAACGUUGAAGUCAUGGAUAAAUGACUACGAAUUACAAUUUGAUGUUAUAAUGAUUGGGGCAUUAGUUGAAAAUCAAUUUAUUCAACCGUUACUUUAUCAAUUGCCUCUUUACAAAUUGUGCGCUAAACCAGGGUUUUUAUUUAUUUGGGCAACAACGCAGAAAAUUCAAGAAUUAACAAAAUUUCUCAAUUCUGACGUAUGCAAUAAAAAAUUCAGAAGAUCAGAAGAAUUGGUGUUUGUCUUGAUUGAUAAAAGCUCUCCAUAUUAUCCAAAUGAUUCUAGAGAUUGCAAACCAUUAUUCACUAAACAUCAAUGGCAUUGUUGGAUGUGUAUUACCGGAACAGUGCGCAGGUCAACAGAUAACCAUUUGAUUCACUGUAACGUCGACACAGACUUACAAAUAGAGAAUAACGAAUCGAACUGCGGUAUUAAUGCUGUGCCUGAUUCCAUCUAUAAAGUAGCUGAAAAUUUCUCUAAUUCGAAUAGAAGAUUACAUAUUAUUCCAUCGAGAAUUGGCUACAAUUUACCAAUCAAAUUGAGACCAGGUUGGGUAAUAAUGAGUCCUGAUGUGUUAAUUAACAACUUCGACCCAUCAACCUACGAGCGUGACUUGUAUACCAAAUCUAUGAUUAGAUAUAAAACAGUCAACAACUCCCAGAAGCCUCAAUUCUUGAUAUCUCAGACAAACGAAAUCGAAGAACUAAGACCUAAGUCCCCAAUUAAUAUUAAGUCUUAA